CUUUCACUAGGAAACGGUGAAUUGCAAACCAUGGAAAAUGAUUUUGUUCAGUUGCCUCCACAGAUAGUGCAAACUUUCCAGCCUGAUGCUGAUCCAAUACAAGAGUUACUUCAGUCUUCUUUUCCAGAACUUGGUUCAGGUGCUCUAGAUCCUCAGAUCUUUUCAAGAAGGGCUGUUCUAACACCUAUAAACGACGACGUUGAUACUAUAAAUUCUUUCAUGAUCGAGAGAUUCCCAGGACAAGCCAUCUCUUACACAAGCUAUGACACUAUUCUAGAUGAUAGUGGCAGUGUAUAUCCUACGGAAUUCCUAAAUAAACUAUGUCCAGGGGGAAUGAGUCCUCACAAUCUUAUGCUCAAAGAAAAUUGCCUGUAAUAUUACUUAGAAACCUCCUUCCCUCUUCUGGUUUAUGCAAUGGAACACGUCUUCUAAUGUAAAAGGUUUAUCCCUAAUUUAAUUGAGUGUGUGAUGUCGGUCGGGCAGUAUCAAGGAGAACAUGUUUUCAUACCUAGAAUUAAACUCAGCCAUCGAGCUCUCAGAAAUAUCCUUUCCAAUUUCAGAGGAGCCAAUUUCCUAUCAAGUUGAGCUUUGCAAUGACUAUUAACAAGUCACAGGGACAAACUUUAGAUCAAGCGUUAAUCUAUCUCCCUCGCUCAUGUUUUUCACAUGGACAGCUAUAUGUGGCGCUUUCACGUGCACGAUCUGCAUAUAAAGUGAAAGUUAUAUCGGUAGCUCCUACUUUACAGCAUUCAGAGAACUCUGUUAAAAAUGUUGUAUCUUAUGCGGUCCUAAAGAUAGCAGGAGUAAUCUAGGCAGCUAUGCACUAACUAAGCUCGAUGAAGUAUUGUCCUGCAAUCUCAGCAAGUGCGACUGAAAGCAGUCAAGCAAUGGAAAAUGCUGAAGUAGAGACAGAGAAUCUGGGAAUCUUGGAUGUGGAUCUUUCCUUGGAACCCUACAUAGAUCAUUUUGAAUACAGACUGAAGAGAUACGUGGAUCAAAAUCAGCUCAAUGAAAAUUACGAAGCUGGUCUCGAGCAAUUUUCUCAAGGAUACUUGAAAUUUGGUUUCAAUCAUGAAGAAGGGAACAUUGUGUAUCGUGAAUGGGCUGUUGCUGCUCGGGUCUUCAAUGCGUGGGAUGGUUCCAACUACAAGAAACCCUAUCACCUAAUAAUGCAUAUUUCUGACAAGUGGAUUGACUAUCUGAAAAAUAAGAAGGAUAAAGAAUGGUCCAUGAAUGAAAUUAUGUUAAGCUUGACUAAUAGAAGAUACACUGAGAAGUGUGUAGCUUAUGCUGAAAGUCGUGAUCAGGAGAAUGGUGGAAUGCAGGCACUGAGGCAGUCAUUAACCAAGCAAUAAAAACAAGAGGCGGUCCAAAUGUAUCAGAUGCCUACACCAUCAAUGGCCUUCCUAGACUAUUAUACAUUGGCUCAGCUAAAGAAACCUUCAAAUUGGCUGUAAAACCUGGCAAAACUUAUCUCCUAAGGCUGAUUAAUGCUGCACUUAAUGAUGAUCUCUUCUUUAGCCUCAUUACCCUGGUGCUACCUUCCUUAUGAUGGCUCGGCCUUAUGUUACAAGAAGCGGCACCGACCUUUGACAAUUCUACUGUUGCGGAGUCCUUGAAUACCACAACCCCAAACCAUCAACCUCAAUAAAAAAAACUUCCUCUCUUUAAGCCCACCCUUCCAGCCCUUAAUGACACUUCUUUUGUAACCAACUUCACCAACAAACUUAGAAGCCUAGCAAAUGUCAAAUAUUCAGCCUCACAGUGCUCAAUCUCAUGACAGAUUAAGAAUUUCAGAGUAAUGGGUAAGAGGAGUUCAGUUAACUCAUCUGAUGAGCUAAUUAAGCCUUUGACUGAAAAUGUUUUUAGAUUAAUACUUAGCUUUAUUUACUAUGCAAGAAACUUGUGUUAAGGGAAAAAUAGAAUUGAAUAUUUGUCAUUCUUUGCCAUAAAUUAGGAUUGCUAUAAAAUGCACAUUUAAAAGCCCAAAUUUUUUUGUUCUUGUGGGUUUUAAAAGCCUAUAAGCUUACAUGGCAGCCCAUUAAGGUCAAAUGUACACAAUCUGUUUUCAAGCAAAAUAAAGAUUUCGAAUUUCUAUAUAUAUAUAUUACAUAGACUAAUGCUAUCAGUUUUAGGUCUGAUAUGAUUUUGACAGAUUGUAGAAGCCAUUCCCUUAAAAAAGGAAGAUUGUACUACAAUAUUUUACUAAAGUGUGGCUGUCAUGAAUUCAGAUCUUUUACAAAAAGAAAGUUACUAUUAUUCUAUUUUAAAUAAAGAAAAUAAACUUUUCCAAGGUUUAAAAAUGAAUAUAAAAGUACAGUGGGCAGCUAGAAUUCUUUACCAGAGGUAUGGUUGAACAAUAGAAACAGUAAGAAGGUUGAAAAAAUUACCAUUGGUAAUUCUGACUACUGUUACCAAACCCUUUCCCAAUUUCUAACUUCUAUUUUCUAUUCUUAAAUUCUGUCUUAACUUAUAUAAAAACAUUUGCUCCUUAGAAUUUCGAUUUUUUCACAGAAGAAUCAAACCAUGGAGCACUAACUUAGUUAACCAUGGCAGGUCAAAAAUACAAAGCAGCUAGGCAGAAACCAGAGUAUAUGUACUUGAAUCAGUUAAAUGCAGCAAGCAAAUCUUAUAUAGUAAGGGUAGUUGUUGCUGAAAAGGGAAGGGACACACUAUCUUCGAAAAAAACAGUUAGAUUCCAAACUUUACUGCUAAAGGAUGAAAAGGAUGAACUUCUAUGGAUAGAAGUAACCAUUCAGUAUGCAGAAUUAGAAAAAGUGAAGGCAUAUACAGGUUGUUCGAACUGCUGGAAACGCACCAAUCUUCCAUUGCAUAAGCGCUAUUCUUGCUCUUCUUGUUCAAAGAAAGAAUGCAUUUCCACUAAGAGGAUUACUUUUAAAUUUGAGGCAAGUGAUGACACAGGUACUAUGGCAUUCACCACAUUCAAUGAUGACACAGAAAGAUUGUUCAGGUGUAGCGCAGCUGAAAUCUAUGCCAUAAAAGAAGCAGAUAACCAUGACGCUUUCAAGGUUAUUCAAGACAUGCUCAGCAGCAUGCCGUUCUACAUUAAAGUAGGCCUGACAUUGCAUUUAGGACAGAACUAUAUCCUAGAGGGGACUCUCAAGAGCAUUGAACCUAAGGAAGAUCCUAACACACGAGAAGCGUUGCAACCAUUUGAUAGCAGCUCCAACCAAGGAAAAGAUGGAAAUGAAAAGGAUGCGCAGCAGACUGUGGGAUUAGGAAAUCCUGAACCAGUCAUUCCAACCCCAAACAUCAAAACUUCUUCCCAAAUGCAAACACAGGAAGACCCUUGCACUGAAACACUUGAGUUACCUCAGCAAGAUGUUGAAUCAUUUAAGCGCAAGAAAACUUUAGAGAAAAGCCCUACAGAAUUGGGGGAUAAAGAAAAUGAGUCCGAGCAGCCACUAUAACAAAUCCGUGCAAAGAAAAAAACUUUGCUUUGGCGGAAUGACCCCAAAGAAGCACUUCACAUGCCAAGUCCCAGAGAUUUCUCCACAAAAGGAUCAUGCAGAAGAUGUCCAAACACCAUUGGGAACUGGGCAGAAGCAGGCCAAACCUGUAAUUGUGAAGACCGAGAAACUGAAAUAAUCUUUCAUCCAAUCUGCCACCGAAUAUGAUCAGUCCCUGAAAUGCAAAAAAAUAUAUAGUAAUCUAAUGAAAUGUUUCACAUCAGCUAUUUAAGGUGCACUAUCCAAACAUCUUUUAAAUUCUAAAUAUUUUGCUAGACUAAAAAAUAUAUAGGCAACUAUAAGAACUUUGCAAUUGCUGGAAUCACAGAACAACUCAAAAUGCAAAGCAUAAUAGAUAGUUGCCUACGUAUUUUAUAUAAGAAUCCAGCAUCAUGUAGUACUAAAUCUCCAGUUUAAUUUCUUAGUUUCAUGUAUAUAGGAGUAAGAUGUUGUAGAAGAUAAUCUUUUGAGGGUUUCCCAGGAACACUAACAAUGAUUAGUGUUCCUGACAAACACCGUACUAAGAUCAUUGCCUAAUGUAACGCUACAUUAAUGUGCAUGUUAAAUUCUAUCUAUAAAAUUAUGGUAUUUAUA